CUUUUAUACCUGCAACAGAAAGAGGGAAAGCAGAGAGAAAGAAGGCGAAGAAGAAGAGUGACGAUGGAUCAAAGCCAGCGGGCCCCACAGAGGGCUUCUCAUCAGUACCAUCCGUCCAGAAACGCCAUCGUCGAUCUCUUCAACCUCUAUCUAGGGAGAAAUUCCCGCCAAAAAUCCGAAGACGCCAUUCGUGAAUCUCCGAACAAAACACAAAAAAGGGUAACUGCUCUCAGAGAGCUUCCUCCUCGCAAUGAGCAAUUUCUUCUUGAUUUUGAACAGAUCCUAGGCCAAUUGCCAGACCAAGAACAGCUAUGUGCUGUGACAGAAUCUGUUCUUAUUUCUUUGAUUGUGCAAUGUAGCAGUCAUGCACCACAAGCGGAAUUUAUUCUUUUCUCCUUACGGAGCUUGUGCAGCAUAGGCUACGUGAAUUGGGACACUUUCCUUCCUUCCCUCCUUUCUUCGGUUUCCUCUGCGGAGGCCUCAAUUGGACAGGGGAGCCAAGCUAUGGUUGCUGCAUCAUCUACAAGUUUACAAGCAUCUGGAAUAAUUUCUUCGUCAAUUCCAAUUCCCAAUUCUUCUAAUUUUCAAGCCUCCAAUCCCGCAUCGCCUUUGCCUUCUAUUCAUGGUAUUGGAUCUCCCACCCAGUCCACAACCGAGCCAUCAUCUUGUGUAUCUCUCUCGCCAGUCAAGUCUUCCGAUAUUUCCUGUGGCGGACAACAGAUAUCAUCAAAGGCAAAUCCAUCACUACGAGGUACAGCUAUAAGCUAUCUACGCCAACUUUCAUGCAAGAUUAUCUUAGCUGCACUUGAAUCCAAUCUGAAGCCAGCUACUCAUGCCGACAUUUUCUCACACAUGAUGAACUGGUUGGUUAACUGGGAUCAGCGGCAGUUGGGAAUUGAUGAAGCUGAUGGUAUGAAGGCCUGGAAACCUGAGAGAGCUUUGAACGAAUGGCUGCAUAGUUGCUUGGAUGUUAUCUGGCUGUUGGUUGAGGAGGAUAAAUGUCGUGUCCCCUUUUAUGAAUUGCUUCGCAGUGGCUUGCAGUUUAUAGACAAUAUACCCGAUGACGAGGCUUUAUUCACUAUCAUUCUGGAGGUUCAUCGGAGGCGGGAUAUGGUUGCAAUGCACAUGCAAAUGUUAGAUCAGCACCUUCAGUGCCCCACAUUCGCGACUCAUAGGUUCUUGUCUCAAGCCUAUCCAAAUAUUUCCGGUGAAUCAAUAGCGAACUUGCGAUACUCACCAAUAACAUAUCCUAGUGUACUAGGAGAACCCUUGCAUGGAGAGGAUCUGGCAACUUCUAUUCAAAGAGGGAGUUUGGACUGGGAAAGGGCUUUGCGUUGUCUAAGACAUGCUCUUCAUACUACUCCAUCACCUGACUGGUGGAGGCGUGUGCUUCUAAUUGCUCCCUGUUACAGGCCGCAUAAUCAACAACUGCCAACUCCUGGUGCUGUGUUCUCUUCUGAAAUGAUUUGCGAGGCAACCAUUGAUAGAGCUAUUGAGCUGCUCAAAAUGACAAAUUCAGAGACGCACUGCUGGCAGGAGUGGCUUAUAUUUGCUGAUGUGUUUUUCUUUCUCAUGAAGAGCUGGUGUAUUGAUUUCCUUGAUUUUGUGGACAAGCUUGUAUCCAGAGUUGAUCAACAGAUUCUUCGGAGCAAUCAUGUGACAUGGCUGCUUGCGCAGAUAAUUCGCAUUGAGCUUGUGACAAAUGCUUUAAAUUCAGAUCCGAAGAAGGUGGAAACUACCAGAAAGAUUCUGUCGUUUCACAAAGAAGACAAGAUCUCUGAUCCGAAUAAUGUUAGUCCUCAAAGUAUUCUUCUUGACUUCAUAAGCAGUAGUCAAACCUUGCGUAUCUGGUCAUUCAACACCUCAAUAAGAGAACAUUUGAAUCAUGAGCAGCUUCAGAAAGGAAAACAGAUAGAUGAAUGGUGGAAGCAAGUAACAAAAGGGGAGCGAAUGAUGGAUUACAUGAAUUUGGAUGAUAGAUCAAUGGGGAUGUUUUGGGUUCUUUCGUAUACCAUGGCACAAGCUGCUUGUGAUGCACUAAUGAAUUGCUUGACCUCUUCUGGAGUUACAGAACUGCUACAAGGGUCUAAUUUACAAUCCAAUGACAGGAUUAUGGUGAUGCGGGAAUGUUGCCCACUACCAAUGUCAUUACUUUCUGGCCUUUCAAUCAAUUUAUGUUUAAAACUGGCACAUCAAAUUGAGGAUACCUUAUUUCUUGGCCAGGCCAUUCCCAGCAUUGCGAUGGUUGAAACAUAUUGUAGGUUGCUGCUGAUUGCACCUCAUUCAUUGUUUCGCCCACAUUUCACUACAUUAACACAAAAGACUCCCUCCAUUUUGAGCAAGCCUGGGGUAUCCUUGCUCCUGCUGGAAAUACUGAACUACCGUUUACUUCCACUAUACAGGUACCAUGGAAAAAGCAAGGCACUAAUGUAUGAUGUUACAAAAAUAAUUUCUAUGAUAAAGGCAAAACGUGGAGAACAUCGCCUCUUCAGAUUGGCUGAAAAUUUAUGCAUGAAUCUGAUUCUGUCGCUCCGGGAUUUUUUUCUGGUUAAAAAGGAAUUAAAGGGUCCAACUGAGUUUACUGAAACAUUGAAUAGAAUAACAAUAAUUAGUCUUGCGAUCACCAUCAAGACACGUGGUAUUGCAGAGGUUGAGCACAUGGUUUUCCUUCCGCCCCUUCUGGAGCAGAUAAUGGCAACUAGUCAGCACACUUGGUCAGAAAAGACACUCCGACACUUCCCUGCUCUUAUUCGUGAUACUUUAAUGGGGCGGAUUGAUAAAAGGGGCCAGGCUAUCCAAGCUUGGCAACAGGCAGAAACAACAGUCAUCAACCAAUGCACACAGCUCCUUUCACCAUCAGCUGAUCCAACUUAUGUUAUGACCUAUAUCAGUCAUAGUUUUCCUCAACACCGACAGUAUCUAUGUGCUGGCGCUUGGAUGCUUAUGAAUGGACACCCUGAAAGCAUUAAUAGUGCAAAUCUUGGACGCGUCUUGAGAGAAUUUUCACCUGAAGAAGUGACAUCAAACAUUUAUACAAUGGUGGAUGUCCUUCUUCACCAUAUUCAAAUUGAACUGCAACAUGGACAUCUCUUACAGGAACUUCUAUUGAAAGCUAGCGCAAACCUUGCCUAUUUUAUUUGGACACAUGAAUUACUUCCUUUGGAUAUUUUGCUUCUAGCACUUACUGACAGAGACGACGAUCCCCAUGCUCUGCACAUUGUGAUAAGUCUAUUAGACAGGCAGGAGCUUCAACAGAGAGUCAAGAUGUUUUGUAUGAAUCGUGGGCCUCAUAGUCAUGAGCAUUGGCUCAAUUCUGGACUUUUCAAGCGAGUUGAGCUGCAAAAAGCUCUUGGAAAUCAUCUCUCUUGGAAGGACCGGUACCCACCCUUCUUUGAUGACAUUGCAGCACGUAUGCUUCCAGUCAUCCCUUUAAUCAUUUACAGGCUUAUUGAGAAUGAUGUGAUGGAAUAUGCUGAAAAAGUUCUUGCAAUAUACACUCCAUUGCUUGCCUACCACCCACUGAGAUUUACUUUUGUUCGUGACAUCCUUGCAUAUUUCUACGGUCAUCUGACAGGGAAGCUCAUUGUGCGGAUAUUGAAUGUACUUGAUGUUUCUAAGAUCCCUUUCUCUGAGUCAUUUCCUCAACAUGUUGGUUCAUCAAAUACUGUUAUGUGCCCGCCACCGGACUAUUUUGCAACUCUCUUGCUGGGUCUCGUGAAUAAUGUUAUACCUCCUUUGAAUAGCAAGUCAAAACCAGGAUCGAUGGGAGAUCCUCCAAGUAUUCCUGGGCGUGCGGCACUUAAUAAGACUCAAGCAACAUCACAAUUUGGGACAACAAAUACUUCAGAGGGUCAGAGGGCAUUCUAUCAAAACCAGGAUCCUGGCACGUACACACAGCUUGUUUUGGAAACUGCGGUGAUUGAGAUCCUUUCACUUCCUGUACAGGUUUCACAGAUUGUGUCAUCACUUGUUCAAAUAGUUGUGCACGUCCAGACGACAUUAAUCCAGUCUAGCAAUGGGCUUCAGGGAAUGCCGAGCAGUACUGGGCAAGGUUCUGCACUACCAACUUCCCCAUCGGGCGGAAGCACAGACUCCUUAAACACAAGCAGAUCAAACCCAUCAACAUCAGGAAUAAAUGCAGCCAGUUUUGUUUCCAGAAGCGGUUAUACAUGCCAGCAAUUAUCUUGUUUGAUGAUCCAGGCUUGCGGCCUUCUGUUGGCCCAACUCCCACCAGAAUUUCACAUGCAACUAUAUUCGGAAGCAUCAGGGAUAAUUAAAAGUUGUUGGUGGCUCACUGAUGGGAAAAGGCCUCUGAGGGAACUAGACUCUGCUGUUGGCUAUACAUUGUUGGAUCCUACUUGGGCUGCUCAAGACAACACCUCAACAGCCAUAGGUAAUAUAGUUGCACUUCUGCAUUCAUUCUUCAGUAACCUUCCUCAAGAAUGGCUGGAAUCAACGCACACAAUUAUUAAGAACCUUAGACCGGUGUCUUCUGUUGCAAUGUUGAGGAUAGCAUUUCGUAUCAUGGGUCCGUUGCUUCCUCGGCUUGCUUUUUCUCGCCAAAUCUUUAUGAAGACCCUAGCACUGCUGUUCAAUGUCAUGUCAGACGUGUUUGGGAGGAACUCGCAGCCAUCAUCUCCUAACGAGGCAUCGGAAAUAGCAGAUAUCAUCGACUUCCUGCACCAUGCUGUGUUAUAUGAAGGGCAAGGAGGGCCUGUACAGAGCAGCAGUAAGCCCAAACUAGAGACAUUGACUCUCUGCAGCAAAGUCAUGGAACUUCUACGGCCGGAUGUGCAGCAUCUCCUGUCCCAUUUAAAGACCGAUCUGAAUUCCUCCAUUUAUGCAGCGACUCAUCCAAAGCUAGUCCAAAAUCCAACAUGACUGGUGCACAUUUUAGGGCUCGUAGUACUUCAGUGCUCCCACAUUUUCUUUUUCACAGGCGACCACAAAUGCAUGAUUCUUCAGUGCUUGCUUGCACUACUGACAAAAGAGAGACUGUUGUUGUAUUAGAAAAUCGACGGACACUGAUCCUUUUUGCCUUCUCUUUGAUUGGUUCGAUUGGGCCUCUGGCAGCAUAGACGACAAAAACACCUAUGUGAAUCAUUCAAAAGGCAUGGUUUUUAGACUUAGAGACUCAGAUCUCGUUUGGUCUCGGGUUGAGUCGCGACUCACCCGAGUUGGUGGUGACUCGGUGGGUCGACUUGUAGUAUCAAAUGUAAUAAGGUAGAGUGCCAAAUCUGAGUCAGCGCUUCUGAGUUGCGACCAACUGGUCCAAGUCCUAAAACCAUCUUCAAAGGGCGUGGGCCAAUAAUAUGGAGUUUAGGGUCAGAUCAGAUGCUGCCUUGCUUGGGCAUAUCCUGCCAUUGUAUUUUCUACUACUAAUCAGUGGACGAGGCAAAAACUCAAAGUUGGGCUGCGAUUUGUAACAUUAUCUAAUGGUAGGUUGUAUAUUUGGAAAUCUGAAUUUUUGUAGAAGGGUUAAAAGUUAUUGUGGAUUAUGCAUACAGGGACUUUCAUGUCCAUGGACAGUCCAUACGUCCAUCUGAAAUGUA